UCCGCGUGCACACGUAUACACACCCUCCCCUCGCCCAUCGACGUCAUCGCUACGGUUUGGAAAGCGACGAAUUCAAACAGUGUGUUUAGAGCGUCUUCCUGCAACACUGACAAGGUCAGUCAGCCAGGAGCGGAGAGCGGAGCCCGGACGUUACGGUGUCUUAGCGUUUCAGAAGCAAUAGACCUGGGUUUAGAAUGCCACCCCCUGUUGGACAACCAGUUGUGCCCCCUCCGGAUGGAGGCUGGGGCUGGGCUGUGGUGUGUGGAGCCUUCAUCUCCAUUGGCUUUUCCUAUGCUUUUCCCAAAGCUACCACUGUCUUCUUCAAGGACAUCCAGAAGAUUUUUGACGCAUCAUACAGUCAGGUUGCCUGGAUCUCUUCUAUCAUGUUGGCCGUCAUGUAUGCCGGAGGCCCCAUAAGCAGCAUCCUAGUAAACACGUACGGCUGCCGUCCAGUAAUGAUAGUGGGAGGAUUUCUGUGUGCAGUGGGCAUGAUCUCCGCCUCUUUCUGCUCCAGCGUUGUGCAGCUCUACAUCUGCAUCGGAGUGAUCGGGGGUUUCGGCCUUGCUUUCAACCUUCAGCCAGCGUUGACCAUGAUUGGGAGAUAUUUCUACAAGAAACGUCCCAUUGCUAAUGGCUUGGCCAUGGCAGGCAGCCCUGUCUUUCUGAGCACUUUAGCCCCUCUGAACCAGUACCUUAUCAAUGCCUUUGGCUGGAGAGGCAGCUUCCUUAUUUUAGGCGGGCUCCUGCUCAACUGCUGUGUGGCUGGAUCCCUCAUGAGGCCUCUGCCUCAGCCCCCGAAGAGUAGCAAGGAUGAGGAGACUGCUGUCGUUCCAGCUACAAAGACAGAAAAGCUUACCGCCUGGCAGACAGUCAAUAAAUACCUAGACCUUUCACUGUUUAAACACAGAGGCUUCCUCAUCUACCUGUCUGGAAAUGUGAUCAUGUUUGUAGGUUUCUUCGCCCCUAUUGUCUUCCUGUCUCCAUAUGCCAAGGAUAAUGGUGUGGACGAGUACUCAGCAGCCUUUCUUCUAUCCAUCCUGGCCUUCGUGGACAUGUUUGCCCGACCCUCUAUGGGCCUGCUAGCAAACUCACGCUGGGUGCGGCCAAAGAUCCAGUAUUUCUUCAGCUUUGCAGUUCUCUAUAACGGGGUGUGCCACGUACUGUGCCCGCUGGCUGAGACCUACACAGGCAUGGUGGUGUAUGCUGUGUUCUUUGGGUUUGCGUUCGGGAUGGUGAGCGCAGUGCUGUUCGAGACACUCAUGGACCUGGUUGGAGCUCAGAGGUUCUCCAGUGCUGUGGGGCUCACCACCAUCGUGGAGUGCUGCCCUGUCCUUAUCGGACCACCACUGGCAGGGAGACUGGUCGACGUCACUAAAAGCUACAAGUACAUGUACAUCUGCUGUGGGUCGGUGGUGAUCUUAGCCAGCAUCUGGCUCUUCAUUGGCAACUUCAUCAAUUACCGUCUGCUUGAGCGAGAGCGCAAGCAGGAGGAGAUGUACAAACGGACUGAGACUGAGGAUCCAGACAGGGACAAGGACCAGGCUGAGGUGGAGGCUGGCGCGAAUACAGAUGCACAGGCUUCUGAGGAGCUCUUUGUGAAAGCUGAAGAAACCAUGCAGCGGGAAACCAACAUUUAAACUUCUUCCAAAUCAACUCUGCACUUUUAUCCCAGCUAUGUGACCUCAGCAGGUGAGGAGACGCUGAUCACACUGGGAUACAAAAAUCAACACUCGACUGCCAAAGCAAACCUUAAUUCCUCUGAGGGGUUAGUUGGUAGGAAGGAUGUUACAUUUGUAUAUUAGCACUCAGUUAAAGUAUGUAAACCAAGAAAUGUGAAUGGAGGCCUGUGAGGGCCUACUGAGGGAAAAAUUGAUUUGGCAAAAAAGAUACAUCCUGCAUUAUGCUGUAUAAUUAGAGACUGUGGAUGCAAACUAAUGAAGUCUACUAAGUGUAAAGCAGUACUCCAGCAUUGCUUAAAUGAAUCAUCUGCCACAUCUGUAUCGUACUGGACAGCAGUUUAGAAAAAUGUGUAAAUGUGUUUCUCUAACAUCAAGGUUCACAGUGGUUGCGUCUACUGUCAUUUCUCCACUGUAUUCCAGAUAUGACCGUGCCAACUAAUAAUGUGAGGUUAUGUGACUUCCGUUUCAGAAGCACUGUCCAGCAGGUUGGUUAUGGAUAUAACUAUAGUUUCUGGUUAGAAAAGAACAAAACAUCUUGACUCAAAACUAGCUUAUAAUAGAAGCCACUGGGCAGUUGCUAAAUGUUAAAAAUAAGCAUUUGACAUAUGUGACUGAAUACCAUGAAUUUAAUUACAUUAUAUUGUCAGUUGUGCUUCGGACCCCUUCCCUGAGUGGAUGAAUCUGAUGAUUGCGAGCUUGUUGAAAACAUAUUCAAAGAGAACUCAGUCAAAACAUGGUGAAGGAUGUAUCUUCGAGUGAAUGAUCUACUAUUGUCAUCAUAUCUUCAUCAGUAUAAUAUUGAUUUUGCAUUUGGGAUCUAAACAUUGAGCCUGACCUUCUUUCUGAGACUGUGUGUGUGACAUUAAUACUUAAAGACGUGGUCUGAAAAACUUGUAAAAUCCACCCUGACACCCUGAGAUUGUAGUGCCCUCAAAAUCGCUAGAAUUCCAGAACAGUGACCAACGUUAGUGCCAUAAAACACAAUGAGGGUCUAUUUCAGUCACCUCCAAAGUCUUGCCAAAACUGUUCUUAUGAAGUUUUCUGGAGAUGAGGCAGAGCCUGUGCUAUGCUGGUAGCAAAUUAACACAAAUGAUCUUAUCUCUGUAACACUAGUUAUAGUCAAAUGCAAAUGGUUGGGCGCUCCUGGUCAAAUCACAUCAAAAUUAAAAGUGAAAAUAAGUACUCAUCCUCUACAGGACCUCUGCCGAUUUUAAUGCGCUAUCACUCUGCAAAGGAUGUGACAAAUCAUAUCAUCUGACUGGGGCACCUAAAAUUUGGCAAAUCUCAAUACAGAUUUACAGCUUAUUUCACAAUGACUUAACUGAGGAAUCCACACAAGUGUUGUACAAAAAACAGAUGUUUUGCAAAAGCAACGGAAUUCAACCGAUGCCCAUUGCCUUCCGUUAUAAAUGUGUUUUCAAUCAAUGAGUUUUCUGUUCUUUUCAGCAGUAAAAGGCAACACAUCAAAAUGGCUGUACACUACAGACGUGGCAGAUUUAAAAUAAGACUGGAAAACGCUGGAGUAUUGCUUUAAUAGAGACAAGCAGAACUUGUUCAUAUUAAUAUUUUUAGUAUUAAUAUUUUUAGCUCAGGAACUGAUCAGAAACUCAGAAUGUCAGAGAAACAGGAAGAGCUCUGCUGAGGAUUGAGACUCAUUGUCCUUUGAGCACUGUGUUUAGUUUGUGUUACAUGCUCAACCUCUGCAGAAACUGUCAUGCAUUCACCAGCAACAUGUCAGCCCUCCACUGCUGUGAGUUGCACACCCAUAAUCUAUAAUCUGUGUAGGUGAAAUCGUUCUUUCAGGCCAAUCUAACAUGGUUGAAUGUAAAUCAUAAUGCUUGUGGUAUUAACAAGGGCCUUAUAACACAUUCCUGACCAAAACGAAAAAAAAACGUUUCUGGAUGAUUACCAAAUAUAGAACCUACGCACAUUAUAUAUAUAUAUAUAUAUAUAUAUAUAUAUAUAAACCCAAUUCCAAAAAAGUUUGGACAGUGUGUGAAAUUCUAACAAAAGCGGAAAGCUGUGAUUAGUAAAUUCUGUUUGACCUGUAUUAGAUUAUAAAACGGUACAAAAAAACAAAAAACAAAACAAUAUUUAAUGUUUAACCUUAAGAACUUCUGUUUUUGUUAGUAUACACUCAUUCCAAAUAUGGUGCCUGCAAAUACUUAUUCCAAAUGGUGCCAAAAUUUGGGACAGGAGCAUGUUUCUUUUAACACCACUAAAUAAUAACUUUUGGGACAGAAGACACCAAAAGAUCCAGUUUUUGAAGCAGACUUUUUGCCAUUUUUCUUUUGGACAAGUCUUCAGCAGUGCCACCUUACACACCAUCAGUGUUUGUAGUCUUAAUUUGCCCCUGGCCCCCCUUUUUUGGAACAUGUUGCAGACAUUAAUUUAAAAAUUAAUAUAUAUUUAUAAAAACAAUGAAGAUGAUAUGACAAAACAUUCCUUAUCUUGUGUUUGUACUGUUUUUGUUCAAAUGCAGGUCAAAGUAGAUUUAUAAACCACUGCUUUCUGUUUUGAUUUGCAUUUUACUUACUGUCUCAACUUUUUGGAAUUGAGUUUGCAAUCUUCCAUGCUCUAAAUGUAAAUACUUUAUGACAUGCAGGGAUUUUGCUUUGGAGUGGUGUUUUUUGUGUGUUUUUUCAGGUUUUUUUUUGAGAGAGAGAGAGAGACAUAGAGGGAGAGAGAGCGAAAAUAUGUAAAACUAGAUAUUUAACGAGUUAUACAUUGCCUUAAAUGUAAAGAACGUAACUAACAACGUGUUAUUAGUAUAGAGGUAUGUGUAUAAGAAUAAUUAUUGAUGUGGUAUACUAAUCAGCCUGCUAAAUCCUAAUGAACUGGAAAACAUUUUAAAGGUUUAAUUUGAAAGGCACUUGUUAUUUGAUGAAUUAUCUUUUGUAGUAACUAAGUAGAGCACUUUGCUGUACUUGAAUGACAUUUGUGAUUCUUGUAUAUCAGUUCGAUUUCAUGGCCAAUCGAGUAUUCUUUUUUUUUCUCUUUAUAAUUGACUUUUUUGUCAUACGUGUAUUUAAGGGAUUCUUUUAAGAUAAAAGAUAUAACCCCUGGAGGGGUAUUAUUAAAUUAUUAGUGUUGUGUCUUUUAAAUCCACACCCAAUUUACAUCAUAGCAUAUAUAUAUAAAAUAUAUCAUAGCAUAUAUUUAAAAUAUCUUGCUUAUGUAUUACCAUAUACAACAUUAACUGUUGAUGUGAUGUGAAAACAAUGCGUUGUGUGUUAAUCUUUGUAUGCACUAAACACACACAAAAAACAUAAAAUCAUAUCCGUUUGACCAGCACAUUUUCAUGAACCUCUUUUGUCUGCUAUUGGCUUUGUAUUGCCAUGCCUGUACACCACCAGGGGUCACUAAAGAGAAAAGGUUUAUCGGAACAGAGGAGUAAACCAACCUAUCAACCAAGAAAGACAAGAAAAGAAAAGAAAGAAAGAAUGAAAGAAAGAAAUAGAAACAAAAGUAAAACUGAAGUAAGAGAAAGUAAAGGUGCACUGCUAAUAACAAGUAAAUAACAAAUAGCAAACAAAAAAUAAAUAAGUUAAAAACUAAUAAACUGUCUUUAUUUUCUUUCUUUUUAUAUAUUUUUUGAUAUUUUCAUAUUUUUGAUAGUUGAUAUGUCUUCACUUCUGUCUGUGGGUUGGAUAUCGGGGGACAGUAGAUAUCUAUAUUUGAGUUCUAAAAGACUGUACAUUACAUAUUUAUGCAUAUCCUGUAAGUUGCAUGUAGGUGUUUAUAGGCAUAGACUAAUACUGAACUCCUAAUUAUUCAAAUAAUAAAGUAGCCCCCCAGAGAUGGGGAGUGGUGGUGAUGAGGCAAAUAAAUCAACUUACAUAAAAUAAAAAUUUGUACACCUUUGUGUUGAAUUCUAAUGCAGAGCAUUCAAAUGAAUCAUUAGGUCACUCAACAAGUAAAUAGCUGACAUAAAUAGUUUAUGAAAAUGUGUUUUUGCAUGUGUGAUAUUUUUUUUCCACAGAUUCUGACAGACACAUUUUCCCCCACUUUACCAUAUUAACUUAUAGUCGUACGCAAAGUUUGGUCGCCCCUGGUCAAAUGACAUGUUUUGUUGAUUUUCAAAGUGAAAAUAUGUUAACACAUCUUCACGUCCUCUACAGAGAACAGGCUUCUGCACAUUUAAAUGCACAAUCACUGUUUAUUUACUGAAUUUACCUAUUGGCAAAAAAAUAGCAUAAAUAUGGCCUGUUUUAACGUGCCAGAACAGAAAUAGAAAUUGCACACUAACAUUUGCAGAAAAUGCCAUGUUUAAGUGUGUUCUUUGUAGAGCACUGUUGUGUUGACUUCUCUGAGAAUAUCAACAAAACAUGUACUUGGACUGGGAGUGCUCAAGCUUUUGUAUAUGAGAAGGAGGCUGCACUAGAGUUAGCAUAUUUGUAAAAACAAAAGAAAGGAUUUAACUGGGUACAUGGAGCUAAUUUAGGCCAGGAUUAGGAUCUUAUAGGGUCACGUUGACUUUUGCAGUUAUGCUUCAGCUUUCUGGAUCCUGUAGUGUGUACACAUUAAUUUGUACUAAAGAACACUAUAGAGGCCUUUUAGUAUAAAUCAUGUACAGUCUAGUGCAUCAUGUCCAUGAAUUAUAGAUACUGUCUUCAUAGUAGAGGUGGGCAAUAUGGCAAUGAUGUAAUAUGAUACUUUAAGAUGUUUUCACGAUACACAACAUGUCACGAUAUUUAUUUAUAUUGGAACUACAUUUCACACACUGCGCUGCACAAAAUCCAGUUAAACAGGGCUAUUUAUGCUAAUUAUGCUCUAUUUUUAAUCAAAUGUGCAGUCAGGUGUUUUAUAAGUACUGACGAUUUUCACAAUAUGAUCAGAAAAGCAUUCUUUGAUGUAAUUUAUCACAAUAAAUAUUGCCAUAUUGCCCAGCUCUACUUCAUAGUCUGUUUUAGUAGCUGAGCUCAUUGAAUCUUUUGAGUAGUUGCUAGUUAUAAUAUUUACACACUGACUGUUCUGACAUGGUGAAAAGUAACCAACAUGUGUUUUCACGUUCAGUAUUAACCAGUUUGUCAAUAUCUCUGCAUUUUAUCAUGUUAUACUAAUGUCAAUAAACUCAACUAAAGUGGUGUUUGUAACUGCACCUGCUAAAUGGCCAUGUGUUCAUCGCUAACGAUGUAUCUUGCAUGCUAAAGACCAACAAUGCUCAUAGUUUAAAGUGGCUAAUGAGGACAGUGGCUUCAGUGACUUAUCAGUAAACUUAUAAUGCCACAAUGCUUUUGGGAAGCUCAGUUCUAAAUGUUGCUCAGAAUUAGUGCUAAUGACUUUAAUUAGAAUAUGUUAAUUGUUUACUUUCAUGCUUUUGGAAAGAUAAACCACAGAUAUGGUUAAUUUGUUUGAAUAUAAAUCUUAGUUUGUUAAGUUUUAAUACGUCUGGAGGCAACAUCUGAAUUUCUCAUUUUAAGACAUUAGCACUAUCACCACAUUGAUUGCUGUUUUCGUCUAGUCAAAUGUGCAUUUUUUAAUAAAUAUGUUUAUUCAUUUUUAUUUAAAGGACUAAAAAGUCAUAUUCAAUGUAAACAUAACUGGACAUUUGAUUUAGAGUAAAAAGUUUAAAGUAAUUAAACACCAACUAGCCUUACCCAAGGAAAUAUGAGACUAGCCUAUAUGCAUUCUUUAUGGUGUUAAUCUUUUGUUUUAAAACUUUAUAUGUAAUUUUAUUUUUAUUAAGUUCAUUUCUGUAGACAGUUGUGAGUUGCAAUUUUAAACAAAACAAUAAUUAGAUUAAUAUGGCUUGUUUUGGUGUGUUUUGACUAUAGAUGCAAUAUUAAUAUUAUAAUUGCCUAAUUGUUGCAACAUAAAAGUCAUUUAUUAGUGUGUACUAAUUCAAUUUUGUCUAAUUUUUUUACAUUUAUUUUUCCAAAAAAAAACCCCAUUGUAUUUAAUGUUAUUAAAGAUAUGACCAAGAUGUAUCAAGCUGUUGUUAUCAAACUGUGACAAUGGCAUAAUAUUUAAUGUGUACAUUGAAAUUAAACUGCAGUACUGGAAACUCAGACUGUAUAAAUGCAAUCAGCUGCAAACUGAAAAGGUGUGACGUGCUACCUCUUUCACCCCUUUUCAUUUGUAAAGAGUAUUUUAAAUGUAGCCUCUACAUCUGUUUUGUGAAGACAUGCAUGGAUUAAACUAGUUAACCCAUGGACUAAGCUAAUUUAAUGUUCAUCCCUUGGGAAACACUCUGAAAUUAAAAGAAAUAAGCAAUACAUUAUUGAGUUAGCAUGCAGUUGUGCCUUAUAAAAAUAUUGGAGUAUAACGGUUUGGUAGAGUGAGUGGUCACCAACCUUUGUGUAUUUCCACAGUCUUCCACACCUGCUCCAGCUUAUUACCUUCUUUGGAAGUCUUUGAUUGGCUAAUACAGAUGCAUUACAUUUAGGUUGGAGCUAAAAUCUGCUGGAAAGUAGAUCUACAGCAGGAUGGUUGGUGACCAUUGCAAUAAUGUCAUAAUACAGUGGUCAUCUGGUUCUGAAGAUCUACCUUCCUGCAGAGCCUAGUUCCACAACAUGCCUCAUAUCCUCCAGCAUAUUAAAUUCCUUAGAAGUCCUGGAUGGGCUGGAUCAGAUAUGUUUAUAGAUGAGUUUCCAUUCAAACAUUUCACAAAUAUUAAGAGAAUUUCUGAUAAGUUGCUAAAACGUGGAUUGAUUAGAGUUUCCAUCAACUACGUUUAUGUGCAAAGUCCUGAAGACAAGAGUCUCACUUGCCCUCUACAAUGGAGGGAUUUGAACCCUCAUAAACUCUUGGCAGAGUAGUUUGUAGCCCUAAUAGUUCAGAGACUCCAGAUAGAGUGGACAGUGGUUUAUUUAAUGUGGCCUAAAGUCACUCUACUACAAGAGCCAGUUUAGGGGGAGGCUGGCCACUUCCUAUUUCUCUCAUUACAUGACUGCAAAAUGAGAGCUAGUCCUUGAUGAAUUGGGUGAGUGGAGCUAAAUGGCUAAAACAAAAAUACGCACAUUUAUAACCAUUUGAGUGGGACUUUUCCUUAAUUUUGAAAGUAGAAGGAUGUGUUACACAGAAAAAAAAAAACUACUACUGAGUGCUGAUUGGUUAGUGAGCUGAUGAGCUCAUUGGCUGAGUAAAACGGUUCACAUUCACUGAUGUCAUGAACAUAAAUCAGCCAAAAAUCUAGCAGCAGUAUUGAAAUAUUUUGUGCUGUUCUGUGUUGAGAAAAUGAGUGAAAUUUUCAGUAUAAAUCGAUUAAUAUAGCAUUUACAAAGUAUGAUUUUGCACAAAAGCGCCGAAGGAAACCAAUCAUUUUGGACUCAUUCGUGAGCACCCAUUUAACUUUAAGACUUUAUUAAGUGUCAAUUCUCCUCAAUACAAAUUCUUUGGUACUACUUCGCUGUCACACACAGAAGCCCUAGGAAUGUCUCUGCAGCAAGCAGUUCUGAUAAGACGCAGUGCCAAACUCAUGACUUUCAUUCCUGCUACGUCAUCAAGCGUUCGAAAAACCUCUAUCACCACUUUUUGUGAAGUUUUGAAUGUGCUUAAAAAAAGCUGGAUGGAAAAGCCAGAAACUGGAAAAAUAUCUAGAAAUCACAAAAAGACGUUUGGAUAAAGUGGAAAAGUUGGUAGAUCAAUUAAUGAAAAAUGCAAAAAUGUUGAUGGGAACAUUUUUCAAAUAAGCGAUGAUGUUUGCGCAUAACCAUAGUUGAUGGGAACAAAAAUUGAUCAGCUUUUUGUUUUACUGACUCUUCAAAAUUUCAAUUAAUAUUUGCAAAACAAUUCUUCAAUCAAAAAAACAACUUUUUCACCUCAUCCAAGUUGCGGCGUUUCCAGCUGCAUUUUUUAUGCACAUUUUCAAAACACACAUGGGCAUCAGAUGGUGGGGGGGUUGGGGGGGUGGAGCUAAACUCUGCAGGAAAGUAGAUCUCCAAAAGUGUUGUUAGUGACCAUUGAAAAAAUGUUAUAGUACUAUCCACAUAUGCCAAUAGAACACAGCUACUGACUUACUCACGUCAGCGCCUUGAUGUUUAUUAGAUGUUUACCACAUGUACAUUUGUCUCCAAAGAAAUAAAUGUGUGAAAGACAUUCAUGUCAAUGAAAUGAAAUAUGAAAUCAGUUUUUACGGCCCUGCAACAAGGAAAUGAGUUUUCAUGUCCUUUAGAUUCCUUUGCUUAUUCAAGUGAGCUGUAAACCUAUUUAAGCUCUCACACUAUAACAUAUUGGUUAAUAUAGCCAUUUAACCACUGAGGCUACUUUGUCUUGUGGCACUUGCUUGCUAGCAUGUUAUGUUGAUGAAAAAGUCACUUUCUACUAACCAGAAUUCACUGGUGUCCUGUAUCAAUCAAAUGAACCUGUAUAAAUGAGCAACUGAACAGAUGAGAGAGCAGAAGGUGUGUUUUUUCAUAAGGUUUGCUUAAUAUCACAAUACUAGGACACCUGAUUGUGCCAGUGCAUCUACUACCUCUGCAAAUCAGUUGUAGAGAGACACAGGUAAACACCUCUGUAAAUGCAGUUGCACUGUUAGUCAACAUACUCCAAUAAAACUCCUGUAUAUGCA